ACGCAAUCGGUUCGCGCGCGCGGCGGGACGGGGCGGGGCAGGCCCGUGCUGUGGUCCGACAAGAGAGUUCUCCGGCGUGUUAGUGGAUAGACAGAAAAAUCAAGGAAGAUGUCUAAGCAACAACCAACUCAGUUUAUAAAUCCAGAAACUCCUGGCUAUGUUGGAUUUGCAAAUCUUCCCAAUCAAGUUCACCGAAAAUCAGUGAAAAAGGGGUUCGAGUUCACACUGAUGGUGGUUGGUGAAUCUGGUCUUGGAAAAUCAACUCUCAUAAACAGCUUAUUCCUGACUGAUCUCUACCCAGAAAGAAUUAUACCUGGAGCUGCAGAGAAAAUUGAAAGAACUGUCCAAAUUGAGGCUUCAACUGUUGAGAUUGAAGAGCGGGGCGUCAAGCUUCGGCUUACAGUAGUGGACACACCUGGCUAUGGGGAUGCCAUCAACUGCAGGGAUUGUUUUAAGACAAUUAUCUCCUACAUCGAUGAGCAGUUUGAACGCUACCUACAUGAUGAGAGUGGACUGAACAGGCGGCACAUCAUUGAUAACAGGGUUCAUUGUUGCUUCUACUUUAUCUCACCUUUUGGACAUGGAUUGAAGCCCUUAGAUGUUGCAUUUAUGAAAGCAAUACACAAUAAAGUGAAUAUUGUGCCUGUCAUCGCAAAAGCUGACACACUCACUCUGAAGGAACGUGAGCGGCUGAAGAAAAGGAUUUUGGAUGAAAUUGAAGAGCAUAACAUCAAAAUUUAUCACUUACCAGAUGCAGAGUCAGAUGAAGAUGAAGAUUUUAAGGAACAGACUAGACUCCUCAAGGCCAGUAUCCCAUUCUCUGUGGUUGGCUCCAACCAGUUGAUUGAAGCCAAAGGCAAGAAGGUCAGAGGUCGUCUCUACCCAUGGGGUGUUGUAGAGGUGGAGAACCCAGAACACAAUGACUUCCUGAAGCUGAGAACAAUGCUCAUUACCCACAUGCAAGACCUACAGGAAGUGACCCAGGACCUUCACUAUGAAAACUUCCGUUCUGAGAGACUGAAGAGAGGCGGCAGGAAAGUGGAGAAUGAGGAUAUGAAUAAAGACCAGAUCUUGCUUGAAAAGGAGGCUGAGCUUCGCCGCAUGCAGGAGAUGAUUGCAAGGAUGCAAGCACAGAUGCAGAUGCAGAUGCAGGGUGGUGACAGUGACAGCGGAACACUCGGGCACCACGUGUGAGGUGGUGUUUGCAUAUUAGUACCUUGGGGAGAAAAACACUUUUGGAUUAAAAGAAAAGUAUUCCUGAUAAGUGCUGCAGCAUCAAGUUUCUUAACACCCUUGAAAGUGUGCCCAUCCGGAUUAACUCGCUGUGUCUGAGGAUUUCAGUUGGGACUUUGUUUUGUUGUUUUUUAAACUUUUGAUGGUUUUGAUAUUUGGUUCUUUUCUCUUUUUUUGCCCUCUGGUAUGAAGUACUUUUAACAUUUAUAUUUCAUUGUUAUGUUACAUUUUAUAUUUUGUGAGGUAAAUCCUGAUUUUCUUCUUCCUUAACCACUAAUGUUAGAAUUUUUUUCUAAAAGUCAGUCAACAUAUAUAACUUAAUAGUGAAUUUAUUUGAUUUAGCUGGCCUGACUAAUCAUUGACAAGUACUCUUGAUUUAUGUCUAGACUUUUUUCUUUGCUCAGAAUGUUCCUGUGUGGUGGACAUGACGUACCUGUAACAGAGGUGGUUGUGCAGACUUGGUGGCAGCAUAUUUGCUUAGUAGAACGAAGCACACACUGUUAACUUUAUAUUUGUGCAGAACACCUAAAACCACUUUUGCUGCUGUAGUUAGUACGGUUAAUUCAUCUGCACAUUUAUCUGUUAACCAGGCAGAACAGAGGAGAUUUAUCUAAUGAGAUACAUGUUUAUACUUAAAUAGCUUUUAAAAAGCAGGAUUUCAGGGUUGAACUUAAAGAGCUCUGGAUUCUAGUGCCAGAUCAUUUUCAAACCUCUGUAGAGAACUCACUACAAGGAUUUUUAUACUGUGGAUGCUGAUUAUGCUGUGCUGUGGAGAAAACCAAAGCAGCUGUGAGCUCCAGUUUCAUAGUGUAACAAGACUCGUUACACAGUAAGAGUCAGUAAACUUUCUACUCAACUAAAAGGCAAUACUUUUUUAAAGAAACCAAAAUGUUUAUAUUUUAUACUGCACUUUAAUGUACUUUGUGUAACUUGGUGCAAAGAUAGCCGUGGCAGUAGGAAUCAUGGUCCUUGGCUGGCAUAGACCGGAACCCAGGCUUGUGAUUGGGUGGUGCUCUGCACAAAAUGCCGCUUGAAGCCCAAAUGCCUGCCCUGCCAUUUUCCUCUAAUUCUUCCCUUUUUCAGUGGUUUUCUCCUGGGAGGAAAAUAGCAGUUUUUUAUGUGCAGACUGUCUCAUCUGUUUUCCGCCAUUGUCAUUUUCCUCAGUUUGUAUAGUUAAAUGUCUGUGUGGCAUGAAUGAAAGGCAUUUCAGAUCUGUGUUGCAAGCAGGUGAGCAGAGCCACACCUGGCUUAUAUUCUCUGGCGCUGUCCCCUAAUGUCAGUUAAUGGCCACAGAAAUGGCAAGUGAGGGAGAUGGUGGUGCGGAGGAAGCAAAGCAGGUGCUAGUUCUCUGCUGUCAUUUUGCUGCAGAAGAAAGUGCUUGAUUGAUGAUGAGCCAGGGAUUCAUGUGUAAUUCAGGCCAAAAAUCAAUAGUACUAAUAAAAUGAGACUUAAAAAGUGUUAUAAAUUACAGAAAAUAAUACGUUUGCUCCUUCACUGUUCCAUCACUGUGAAUGGCUGGGGGUUAAUUGUGUGAAGUUUCUACCAAGAAAACUGUUGAUGACUAUGGAGUACACCUGUGGAAUCCUGUUUGGGUUAUUUUAACAUUAAUUUGAUUAAAGAAAGGUUUUUUUUUCUUUGUUUUUUAAACAAAAGCAUUUUCAAGCAUUCAGUGUGAGCCCUGUGUUUGUGAGUUAAGGGUGCCACUGAGAGCCAGCCGACAUGGAAGGAUGACAGUGUGAGUGUGUGCUGGAAGAUCUUACAGCCACAAUUCUAAAUUCCCCUUCAGUUUUUCCAUCCAAAUCUAAACAUACUUUUGCUAAUAAAUAUUUGCUUUCUCACUAAGAAGUUAACUUGUACCUGUAGAAAUGUACACGUUUUACACUUCAACUUUGUAGCCAUUUAAACUAACCCUUUUUCAAUAAAGCACUAUUGUUUAAUAAAAU